ACUGUGCUUUAAUGUUGCCUUUUACAUUUCAGUAUUUUAAUCUGCCUGGAAUUGAUUUUUAUAUGUGGCGUGACAGGGACUAAAUUCCAUUUUUCCCAUAUAGAUAUAUAAUUGUCCCAGCAACCAGGGUAUAGGCCACCUACUAAAGAACAGUAAAUAAACAAAUUGAUUACCUUUUAACAGUAAUAUGGGAGCCAGAAGACUAUAGGGUAAUGUUUCCAUUCAGCUGAGAGACAAAAAACAAUAAACAACCUAGAAUUAUACCCAGUAAAUCUGUUUCAAAAAUGAAGGCAAAAUAAUUUUCAGAUAACAGAAUUUCACUGAAGGAAAGUUUAAAAAUAUAUACUUCAAACAGAAGGAAAAUGAUCCUAGAUACAAGGUCUGUUCUUCUAGAAGAAAGAUCAAGAACCCUAGGGCCCAGGGAACUCUUCAGGGGAAAAUUUGCUUAUCGCUCAGGCAAGUUUGGCUUUUUCUUCUUUUUGGGAUCUAUGGAUUCUUACCUGCGUGACAACCCAGGGUUGUCUCUAAAAUCUCAUUAAGACUGUUGUAUCCAGCAAUUUAGUUGUUUCACUCCGGCAGACUUGUUUGGGUAGCACUCCACCGCCUGCAGGAGAUAAAGUCUGCCAACAAAACCUCUUUGCGGAAACUCUCUCUCUCACUUCAGUCUCCACGGGGUCCGUAUCACCUGUCCUCAUGGCACAUCAUACCUUCCCCUUGCAGCACCUACACAAACUCUGUUUUUACAUUUAAUAAACUCUUUAAUUGUCUACUUACCCCAUUAGAAAUCUGAGGGCCAGGUCUGUAUCAUUUUCUAGUUUACUUCUGCACUUUAGCAAGUGCCUGGCACAUAGUAGACAUUUACUGAAUCAAUGAUCAGAUGACUAAUUCACUUCAAGAAGCCAAUAUUAGGUAUUCGGCUGAGCAUAGUUCUUCGUCUCUGCUUCAAAUCCAGCCAUUGGAGGUAGUGCUAUAGGGUUGGUGAAUUCCCAUAGAACUGUGCUGCCUAAUAUGGUAGCACAUGUGGCUAUUUAAAUUAUUUAAAUUAAUUAAAAUAAAAAAUUCAACUCCUUAGUCCCACUAGCCACCUUUCAAGCAGCUAUGGCUACCCUGUUGGACAGUGCAGACACAGAACACUUCCAUUGUCACAAAGUUCUCCUGGAGCUGCUGUCAUACAUGCUCGAGAAUUCUUACUGCUCCUCUCUCUUUCUCUUUUGCUCUUGCUCUUGAUCUUUCUCUCUCCCCACCCCUGAACCAAGUACAGGGAGAGUUGUCUUAUUAUCAGUGGCUUAAAAUGAUGCUUUUGAACCAGAAGAUUCUGGGCACUUCUCGUGACUAGCACCAUCCCACUUUUUUUCUUUUAAAUUCCUGAGCUGUUGUUUACUAGUACACUCUUUUAUUUCUAUUUCUGUUUAAGCUGAAUGUUACUUGGGUGGAAAGCCUCAUCACUUUCUUUUCUAGGUCCUUAAGCCAUUUGCUAGGGUUUCUGAGAGUUCCCAAAGCCAGGGGUCCAGGGGAGUUUGGCAUGUCUGAACAGCUGAACACGAAAUAGUGGAGUAGGUUGGCAUGUCAGUAAGAGAGCUCCCCUUUGCACACAUGGCCAGUUAAUUGGCCAUUCUGGGAGUGUAUGGAUGAGGAGCAGGGCUUCUGAGAAUCACCGGUGACAGUUAUGCGGCCUUUUGUUGACAUCCUCUGCUGAACGACUUUGCUGGAUUUCGUCUCUGCCUUUCUUCUGCCUCCUGUGGAUUUUCUGUUGGAUUCGUCACUCACCAUUCAGGCAUCAUCAUUCACUUUCUCCUUCCAGUAUGACUGCUUUGUGUACUGGCCUCUGCUUUAUGCCUACUAUUCCCAGACCGCAGAGAGGGCUGUGUGGGGCUUUGGCAGGACUGCGAAAUUGACUUUGCUGUCUGUUGAGAACUAUAGUAAUGACUGCAGUGACCUUCUUGUCUAGUAGAAAGUGGUGACCACCUGAAGAGAGGGAAAAGGGAAUCUUCACUGACUUCUCCUCAAACGGUAGAGAGUUCUUUGUUCCCCUCUCUGUUCUCUUCUCUUCCCCUUCUUCCCCUUGCCACUGGAGGACUGACCUAAGAUGCAACUGUGACUAAGAGUUAAUGCUUUGAAAUAACAAUACUUUGUAGUUUGUAGGCCUUGCCAAGCCAACUCACCCCAGUUGUCUCAUCUACUACCCCCCAAAACCCUGUGAGGUAGGGAGGAGAGGUAUCAUUAGCUGCAUUUGACUGACGAGUAAGCUGAAAUUUAGAGAGAUUAGCACAGUUGCCCUAGAUCUCUUAGACAGGAAGGCAGGACCUGGUUCUCUGUCUCUCAGCCCUGUGUUCUCUCAGGGGGGUCCACACCCUUAGGUGCAGGAAGGACAUGGCGCCAGGAAAGUAUGAGUGGGUGAGGGAGAAGGCGAGCAGAGAAGGGAAUUCAGUAGGGAGGAAAGGAGUGGUCUGCCGGGGCCUCUGGCCGCUCUCCUCUUUCUCCGGAGAUGGGGGAUUGGUGAUCACGAGAGGCUGGCCCAGCAAACCUCCAGGGAGAGAAGAAAGCUCAGGGACUGGCCUUCUCUUCCCAGGAAAGGACUUGCGCAGAAGUGGGGAGGGGCUGCGUUAGCUUUCCUAGGGCUGGGGCUGCGGGAGUCACGGGCUGGGUCUCCCCAGAGAGAACCUGAUGCCCACUCUCAGGCCUGGCCUGCCGGCCUUUAGGUGCUGUGCUGCCCUGAGGCCUGGGCCAUGCCUGGGCACAGGGAAAGGCCCCCAAGUGUGUCUGGAGGAAGGAGCAUGCAGGGCGCCCCUGCAGGAGACGUGGGCCCUGGUCUGCCCUCACUCCUUGUCUGCAGUUUUUUCCUGGCAGCAGCUUUGGGCCAAAUGAAUUUCACAGGAGACCAGGUUCUUCGAGUCGUGGCUAAAAAUGAGGAGCAGCUUUCACUUCUCAGGGGCCUGGAGGGCCUGAAGCGCCAGAAGGUGGACUUCUGGCGUGGCCCAGCCAGGCCCAGCCUCCCUGUGGAUAUGAGAGUGCUCUCUGAACUGAAAGAUGUCAAAGCUUACCUGGAGUCCCAUGGCCUUCUUUACAGCAUCAUGAUAAAGGACAUCCAGGUGCUGCUGGAUAAAGAGAGAGAAGCCAUGGGGCAAUCCCGCCGGCUGCAGCGCAGCACCACUGGCUUCAGUUACUACUCUUACCACGCCCUGGAGGAGGUAUAUAGCUGGAUGGACAGCUUUGUAACUGAGCAUUCAGAUGUUGUCUCAAAAAUUCAGAUUGGCCACAGCUUUGAAAAUAGGACCAUUCUGGUCCUAAAGUUCAGCACUGGAGGUUCCCAGUGCCCUGCCAUGAUUGACAGUGGAAUUCACUCCCGGGAGUGGAUCACUCAUGCCACUGGCAUCUGGACUGCCAAGAAAAUUGUCAGUGAAAAUGGCAAAGACCCCAUCCUGACAAACAUCCUAAAUGCCAUGGACAUCUUCGUGGAGGUCGUCACCAACCCUGAUGGAUUUGCUUUUACCCACAGCAUGAAUCGCCUGUGGCGGAAGAACAAGUCUACCAGACCUGGAAUCUUCUGCAUGCGUGUGGAUCUCAACAGGAACUGGAAGUCAGGCUUUGGAGGAAAUGGUUCUAACAGCAACCCCUGCUCAGAGACUUAUCACGGGCCCUCCCCUCAGUUGGAGCCAGAGGUGGCUGCCAUUGUGGACUUCAUCACAUCCCGUGGGAACAUCCAGGCUCUGACCGCCAUUCGUAGCUGCUCUCAGAUGCUCAUACCUUAUGGCCAUUCGCUGGCACCUGUUCCAAACCAGGAGGAGUUGUACAAGCUUGCCGAGGACGCAGUGCAGGCCCUGCGGAAGGUCCACGGGACCGAGUAUCUGUACGGCAGCAUCAGCUCCACCCUCUAUGUGGCCAGUGGGAUCAUGGUGGACUGGGCCUAUGAGAGUGGCAUCAAGUACGCCUUCACCUUCGAGCUCUGGGACACCGGGCGCUAUGGCUUCCUGCUGCUAGCCUCCCAGAUCAUCGCCACAGCCCAGGAGACGUGGCUGGCCCUUCGGACCAUCAUGGAGUACACUGUGACUCACCCCUGCUAGCAACGUUAUUGGGGGCAGAGCAGGAGACAAAGCCUGGGGCUCCUCCCGAAACCCAAGUCAGGCACCCCGUCCUCACACGCCUGCCCUUAGGUGACCCCUUAGGAAAUAAAACAAUUUUUAACAGG